UCCUUGUUGCCGGAAGAGCGAGUGGAAUGGCGAGAAAUGAAGAGAAGCAGUUGGGAAGAUUGAAUCGACUGUGGCUUCAGAAAGAGAGAGAGGAGGGUCGUAUUAAAGAUGUCCACGUGCCAAGGCCAAAACUUGCAACGUUAAAUUCGGUGGCAGCACUGAAGAAGUGGAUCCCCAGCAUCAAGAGUGAAAUCGAGUAUUAUCUACAGCAGUCGCAGUUGUCUCACUACCCAGAGAGGAAGAUAAAUGAGUUCCAUCGGCAUAUUGAGGAGCUCGAGAGAGAAUACAAACGUUACCUGAAAAAGCUGCGCUCCCUGGACCCCACCUGCAAACACACACCCUGGAAACCCCGAGCAUACACCAAGAAGAGACAGGAACCAAUCAGCAAUCAAAACACCACCCAAAAACUGUGCCUCUUUACCUCAAGCGACCACAGCAGAGAAGAGGAGGAUGUUAAUGUUUGCGCAGGCCCAGAGGCAGCAGGAGACCAAACAUCCCUGACUCAAGUACUAAAACUACACACCCCAUCGACUCCCAUUACCACCCAAACCACUGAUCCCCCAAACCAGGACCUCCCACUGUGCUUUGAUCAGUCCCGGCUGGCUGUGGCCAUGGCCAGUUCACAUGUGGCUCUGGCUGGGCAGCAGCAGGACACUGGCACACUGGCACGAGUGCUGCUCAACGGCCUGCCCAAUCUUUCCAGCCUCCCACUAGUUCAGAUAGCAGCAAAAGAAGCAACAAGUCAGCCUUCCAAUGCUGGCACUGACCCGAGUAAAACUGAACAUGUACUGGGACUCGGCUGCUACUUGUCCUCCUCAGAUGAGGAGAUCUAGAUGACUUAAGAAAUUUGAAAUUUAAUUCUGCUCAUUUAUUGAUAUAGAUGCUUAGUUGAAAAUUAGUUCAACCAAAAAGGAAAAUUCUGUCAUUUGCUCAUCAUUAAGUCAUUACAAACCUGUAUGACUUUCUUUCCUCAGUGGAACACAAAAUUAUGAAUUUCCUGGCAUUGUACUGGAUGUUUUUCCAGUUACAAUGAAUGGGUACUGAGGCUUUCGAGCUUAAAUAAAGAACACAAAAGUAACAUAAAAGUGGUCCAUUCGAUUU